GACAGAACUGUACAAGCAGAAUCCGAGGGAAAGGCAUCAUUAUCCGUGAGAAGGUGAGGCUCAUAGAGCCAAUAAAGCAGUUUCACCCACCCUUCUUAUUAGCCUUCUUUUCAUUUGGUCACCUCUAAAGCUGCAAAACACAAUCCCCAUUUCUCUCGGCGCCUUCGCACCAAAAACGACAUAUCUCUCUCUCUCUCUCUCUCUCUCUCUGAGGUUGGCCAUAUGAUCUGUUGAGCAGCUCUUCGGCCUACCACCCCCUCGACUUUGCUGCGAUGACCUCGAUUACUUCUGUCGAAUUGAACUACCUUGUCUUUCGCUACCUUCAAGAAUCAGGCUUUACACAUUCAGCUUUUGCUUUAGGAUACGAGGCAGGUAUUAACAAAUGCCCAAUUGAUGGCAAUAUGGUUCCACCUAGAGCUCUUAUUACAUUUGUACAGAAGGGACUUCAGUACCUGGAGAUGGAAGCAAACAUGACCUGCCAGACUGAUACAGAUGUGGAUGAAGAUUUCUCAUUUUUACAACCCUUGGAUCUAAUCACAAAGGAUGUAUGUGAAUUACGACAAAUUAUAAAAGAUAAAAGGAAAAAUCUAGUUAAGGAUAGGGACAAAGAUAAAGAAUUGGACAGGGAGAUUGAAGUAGAACGUGGACGAGUUAGAGAGAAGGAUAGACAAGAAAGGGAGAAGGACAGACAAGAAAGGGAGAAGGACAGACAAGAAAGGGAGAAGGACAAGCUAGAAAGGGAGAAGGAACGUGAAAAGGAUAGAGAGAGAAUUGAAAAAGAUAAGGAACGAGAAAAGCAUCAUGAGGAUCGGGCAGAUAAAAUGGUUACUGAUCAAGAAGAUAAGGUCACUGUCAAACAGGAAGAAAAUGGUGUUUCUGCAGGGUCAGAACCAAUGGAUAUUGCUACAACCUCCACAUCACAGGCCUGUGAAAUCCCUAGUUCUGAUGUAACAAUCUUGGAAGGGCAUACUUCUGAGGUUUGUGCAUGUGCAUGGAGUCCAGCAGGUUCCCUUCUUGCAUCUGGGUCUGGGGAUUCAACAGGUCGAAUCUGGACAAUUGCUGAUGUAACUUGUAGAUCUAGUUCACAAAAUGGCCCGUUAAAUGUGCUGGUGCUGAAGCAUGUUAAGGGUAGAACAAAUGAGAAGAGUAAAGACGUGACAACACUUGAUUGGAAUGGGGAUGGGACAUUACUUGCCACAGGGUCAUAUGAUGGACAAGCAAGAGUUUGGAGCACAAAUGGAGAACUAAGGAGCACUUUAAGCAAACAUAAAGGCCCUAUAUUUUCUCUGAAGUGGAACAAGAAAGGUGAUUAUCUUCUUACUGGAAGCUGUGACAAAACUGCCAUCGUGUGGGACAUUAAAGCAGAGGAAUGGAAGCAACAAUUUGAAUUUCAUUCAGGUCCAACGCUUGACGUUGACUGGCGAAAUAAUGUUUCAUUUGCAACAAGCUCCACUGACAAUAUGAUAUAUGUUUGCAAGAUCGGAGAGAACCGCCCUAUUAAAACAUUUUCAGGGCAUCAGGGUGAAGUUAAUUGCGUCAAAUGGGAUCCAACUGGUUCAUUGUUGGCCUCUUGCUCUGACGAUAUCACUGCGAAGAUAUGGAAUAUGAAGCAGGACAAGUAUGUUCAUGAUUUAAAGGAACAUGCUAAGGAGAUAUAUACUAUUAGAUGGAGUCCCACUGGACCGGGUACAAACAAUCCUAAUCAGCCAUUAGUGCUGGCAAGUGCAUCAUUUGACUCAACAGUUAAGUUAUGGGAUGUUGAACAAGGAAGACUUAUCCACAGCUUGAAUGGCCACAGGGAUCCUGUAUACUCUGUUGCCUUCAGUCCAAAUGGUGAGUACUUAGCCAGUGGAUCGCUGGAUAAAUCCUUGCAUGUCUGGUCAUUGAAAGAAGGCAAGAUCGUGAAAACAUAUACGGGCAAUGGGGGCAUAUUUGAGGUCUGUUGGAACAAGGAAGGCGACAAGAUUGCUGCCUGUUUUGCCAACAAUACCGUGUGCGUUUUGGAUUUCAGAAUGUAGAAGGCACCAGCAGUACUUUAUGAGCUUGCGGAGUUUGCUUAAGAUGGGAAAGAUGGUAAGCCGUUUGGCUUGGCUUCUGAAAUCUGAUGCUAGUCAAGAAGCUAGGAUGGAUGUAGGGUUGGGAGUAGGUGGGUUUAUUCUGCACUCCCACGUAGGCUAGGAUGUUAAAUAUACUACUAGUUUGGUCCUCAAAUGUAAAUAAUUGUGGCUCUCUCAACUGUGUUUGAGGCUACCCCUUUUCAAGGAGACGAGUUAGUACAACCCCACUAGUGUACAAAUUUCUGUUGUGUAGGAAUCUAAUAAUUUGCUAGUCAGGAAUGUUUUAUGUAUUCCUUUUCUAUUUACUCUGUUUUAGCUGAUGGACCAAUAUUUAGCUCCAGUUUCUACAA